UGUGUGUGUGUGUGUGUGUGUGUAGGACUUUGUGGGCACUUAUGAGUGGGUGUGAGAAUGCAACACAGAGCGAGUAGCGGGCUAUGCUAUUUUUUCUGGGGGGGGGGGGGUCUCUUGCAUCUACAGAGACAAGGGAAGAUAGUGUGAGAGAGUUAGAGAGAGUGAGAGAGGCUACAUAUAUGCAGUAGGGUUAGGGUUAGUACAAAAGAGACAACCAGCAGCCAUUAUCUAUCUCCCCUCCAUCCCUCUAGUAUGGAGACCCUCAGUCGUGUCGCCGCUGCUGGUCCUGCACUGCUGUGGCUUCUCCUCACUGUGUGUCGGUUCUCAUGUGCAGAAGAGUGUGCUAUUGAGGUUCGGGUCAGACGGAACACUGUACUGAGGACAGCCCCAAUGAAAUCCCUGACUGUGAACUGCACUAUCACAUGGCAGGACUGUAGCUCAGAGCCCACUGUCACCUGGUGUAAACUUCUUAUCAAUAACGAUUGUGUAAAAGUGAACUCAACACCGGAUGUGGCCAUCCACCAGGAGAGAAGCUUGACAGAGGGAAAUAAGAUAGUCUCCUAUCUGAAUUUUCACAGGGUGGAAAAACAUGACGAUGGUCUCUAUCGUUGCGAAAUAUCUGGGUCUUUAACAGUAGUCAGUCAUACUAUAAACGUGUCUGUGUCAGAAACCCUGCACACUUCCACAGAAAGCCCAACCGUCACAAACAAACCAGACUCAAAUCAAGACUGGCUGCUGUAUGUUUAUGUCUGCGCCGCCUGUGCAGUCGUCAUUCUCAUAGUGAUCAUCACCUGCUUCUGCUUACUGAGAGGACAUCAUAUCACAGGACACUGUGUCUGUACUGAGCUACUUCACAGACACACCUCGUUCAGUCCAAAUGUUCAAUCAAGACCUGCUCCUACUGAAUAAUGUGCCAAUCAGAGAAAAGGGUGACUGCUGGGUGAUAGCCAUGCUGGAUAUACAUCGGCCUAACACCAAAAAUUGACAUUGACCUUGAGAAGUUUUUUUUUCAGGGCAAGCAGUAAUGCAGAUCGCAUUGCUCUCUAAAAUGCCCCCAGCACAUGUAUAACCCCAGCAGGUAUAACCUCAGCACAGGUGUAACCUCGGCACAGGUAUAAGCCCAGCACAGGUAUAACCUCAGCACAGGUGUAACCUCAGCAGGUAUAACCUCAGCACAGGUGUAACCUCGGCACAGGUAUAAGCCCAGCACAGGUAUAACCUCAGCACAGGUGUAACCUCAGCACAGGUAUAAGCCCAGCACAGGUGUAACCUCGGCACAGGUAUAAGCCCAGCACAGGUGUAACCUCAGCACAGGUAUAAGCCCAGCACAGGUAUGACCCCAGCACAGGUAUAACCCCAGCACAGGUACAACCCCAGCAUGGCCCACAGACACACAUUAGUGAACAGCUCUCUUUACCACCACACUAGUUUUAGUGCUUUUUACAACAGUGCUCUUCUGUGCUUUUUCAGGCUUGAUAGAUUGAUUGGUUUGAUUUGUUUUUCCCAGCUGGCUAUAUCUAUAUUUGUCCUUGCUGAUUAUCAUGAUGUGAUAUGUCAGUACCCUGUAUUGUGACCACAGGUUUUUCUGAUGUAUUUUAAUGUAUUUUUAUUGUGUUAAGUGUACAGGCCUAUGUUCUGGAAGCUAUAUAGAGCUAUCCUAUUAGUAUGGUGACUGUAUUUGUAUACAUUUGGCUUGAUUUAUUAAACAGCUCAAACUGAGUGUUUGGAACCUA